UCAACAAAUUGUGAUAAAAUUGCCACUUCCACUUUUAUUACAGAAAAAAAUGAGAAUUCGGGGUGUUUUCUUCCUCUACCUAGGGCUCCUGACAAUCAAUGGUGAGCUUCUCAUAAACAUCAGUAAAGGAACUGAAAAGGCGUCAGUGUUCCAUCAAUAUAUAUCCGGGAACAGUACAGCUGACACUGUGACUAUCAAGUUUCUAACACCAGAUGGAGUUGGGGUCCAGCAGGUUGUGGAUUUGAAGAAUAAAGUUAGUAUCAGUGUAUAUACAGUACCUGGAGAACAGGAUCUAGGAGAGUAUGGAUACCAGGUUUUCUGCUUUGUUUCCUUAUUUACUGGUGAUAUGAUCCCAGCUGAAGCUGUGAAUAAACUACGACAGAAGAAUUCAGGAACAGUUAGGGUUGCUGAGGAGCACAGGGGAACUACAGUUCAGGAUAACCCAGUAAAAUUGAUAGUUCCUAGAUCCAGUCAUAUUUCCGCACUUAUACCUUCUCUAUGCAGGGAAGCCAGAGAUGCCACGUACAGUUCUGAACAUGAAAUUAAAAAAAUACUGGGCAAUGGAGCCCAUGGCGGAUCUCCAUCUGAAUUUAUAAAGAAGAAUCUGCACGCAUACGAAACUGCUGACAGAUGUGACCGGGUUGAUAGAAACGAAGAGAAACCUUGUAUUUGUUCUAUAUCCUCGUGUGUUUGGUGGUUUCCUUGUUCUCUCAAAUUUUGCAGGAAUAUGGAUGGAGAAGAGCAUAGAUGUGGUAUCCGAACCUGUAGUAAAUGCACCUCUAACAGGUUCCUUGUCUCCAGCCCUCUUUUCUGUACUUGGGAUAGAUAGAAACUGACAUUGAAAUUUAAAGAAAAUUCAUCAAACCCGCCGGACUCUAGCCUAUCUGUAAACCUAAUCCGCUAGACUUUAGGCUCUCGAGGUUGGACAUGUUUAGAAGAGUUCGAGAAUUCCUGGAAUUUCAGAUUGGGAACUGGUCUCAAUGAACCUUGUAUCGGAGAAUACACGGAACCUUGUUGUGAACUGAUGAAGUUUAGAGAAAUGUUUCAAGAAGAAAAUACAGAUUCAGUUUCUUUAGUUAGUUGAUCAGAUCAAGGUUUCAAUGUUCACUUUGUGACUCGGACAUUGCAUGGAAGGUCAUAUGAAAUUACGCUUACAGUCCCUUUAAGUGAGGUGGAAACUGAAAUUAUUAUGUACGAUGGAUUUAGAAAAAAGAUCCCCUAAUCAUUUCAGAAUGUAAAAAUAGAAAUAAAAUAUAUAGUUUUCAUAAAUAUAAAAUUAUUUUAUAUUAUUUA